AUGCCCCCGACACCCUCACGCUCCGCGCAGCGCGGAGGCGCUCGCCAAAGGCAAGGAUCAUCGCUCCAUCCUCAGUCCGGAACAACAAGCGGUCCACUUGCAACAGCAGGGCCGGGUCGAUCGUCAGUGCAACCAGCAAGAGGAGCCAAGGCAACACAGACGCAUGAUCCUGGAGCUGUACCGUUCAUCCAUCCAGCUCUUGCCCUUUCAUCUGGUGUUCUGCCAUCGUCGUCCUCGUCAACAGCAGGACUACCCGCAGCAGCUGUAGCACAAGUCCGGGGCCGACGUCCCUUCAACCAUCGGAAUCUAUUUGCGCGCGAUUUGCGCAACCUGAUGUACGCGUACGGGGACUCGCCCAAUCCUGACCCAGACUCGGUGAUGCUAAUGGAGGAGAUGACCGUAGACUUUAUUACUGAUCUCUGCUGCCGAGCUCGUCCAAGCCCGUAUUCGCUCGGCCUUGGAACUAGCUCGAUAUCAAACAGCUCGAGCGCAUUUGGUGCUACGCUCGAGCAACAUCUAUCAUCGCAAGACCCUAAUGGUCUGUUGGAUGGCGCCGAAGCCAUGCCACAAACGCUACCACCAAGAGCACCACAUCGACUGCGUGUCAAGCUGGAAGACUUCCGACAUGCACUACGCAAAGACGUCGAAGCCAAGAAGCUGGGACGUAUGGAACAACUCCUGUAUGCCGACAAGGUCGUAACCGAAGCGAGACGUGUUGGAGGCGUCGAAGAGGCCGCGGAGCGCGCUGGCGCUAUGCAAACCGAUAACUUGCCUCCACCGACGUCGAACAUGGACGGAUCGUCGCAGAAUGCCAGCCUGGAAGGUCUCGAUGUAGAUGAGGACGAUACACAAGCGUCAAAAUCGGGCAAGGCUGGUAAAGGCAAGUCUAAAGGUGGAGUCGGCGGAAGCAAGGGUGGGGGAAAGGGAAAAGCAAAGCCUAAGGGCACAGCGGCUGUCUGA